GUUGCAGGGCAAGGAGGAAAUAUUGGAUGGGCUUCAGAUUGCGUGGAGUUAUCUUUCAUGAUUGGCUCUGCCCAAUAUUUUGCCAUUCCUGCCUCCUUAUAGAGCCGCUACAGCCAUCCCACCCAGAUUCCAAAAGUCUCAACCUCAGGUACAGGGGCCACUCUGGGAGCAGGGGUGGGAAAGUUCUUGUGUGUGCACUUCCUUCUACUUGUGUGCAAUGGCGGCAUAUAACCAAUUGUUACCUAAGACCUUGUGCUGGAACAUUAUCUUUAUGCUAUGAUAUAUACCGUUUUAUUGUAAAAUGAAAAUACUGCAUGCAAUACAUUAUUCUGUAGUCUUGUUCAUACCACUUAAUUUCGCCAUUUGAUUGUUGUUUAUGUGAGAACAUAAUCUGCUGUUGUGGGUUUUCUUUUCCCAGCAACUCCAUGCAAGUUCAUUCAGAUGCAUAGAGUUUAACCUUUAAGACACUUUAAGGUACAGAUGUGCUGAAUGUUUCAAGCUCGGAACGUUCUAACUUGAGACAAGCCAUUUUGAGUGUUCUGAGCAGGAACAGAACACCCUUCAAAUGAAGGGCUUGUUCUGAUGGAAUGUUCCGGGUAUUUGCAUUCCAUUCCGAGCUUGGAACAUAACACAAAUCCCAUGGUUAGGAUAUUGACUUGACUUGACUUGUAUUCUCAUCAAAAACUCCAGUACCUCCUAUGUGUGUACUGCACCAUGAAGGCAGCAACUCAGUCUCUAACAUCCACCUUCUGUGGUGGAUAACACCCACCACUAUGCCCUAUACCUGGGAACCAGAACAGAUGCCUCAUUCGGUGAGCUAUAUUGCAAAUGUUUUUUCAUGAACUGCCUGCAUUCACCUCCAGAUCAGGUAAGCUUGCUUGUCUCCCAUAUGUGUUGACUGCUCAGAGACCAUGAAGAAGAAUGGCAAGUUGAUUACUUGUAACUUUAUGUUCUUCUAGUGGCCGUCUGCUGCAACCUACUCAUGCUAACUUGCUGCAGGUUUUCUAAGGAAUUGUUCAACAUCACUUGUGAUGUUUCUCAAAGGAAAUGAAGAAGAUUAUUCUUCCCUCAGGGCUUCCCAGGUUUCCUCACUUGAGCACAGAGACAACCACAUGGCUCUGUGGGCGCUAGGAGUUGACACCAACUUGACGGCACGACUUCACAAAUAAGUUGGACAAAUGUGAAAGGGACAGGGAUCCAAGAUCCUAGCAUUUUGAUAGAAUGUGUUCCAAGCAAUCCUGAAUCAGAAAUGGAGGCACAACAUCCAAGACCACUUGCAACUUCAAAGUAGCCAUAAGGACAAGGACGUCUAAUCUUUAUAUUAUAAAGAUGACAGCCCUGUGUGGAGAAUCAGAACAAUGUGUUGAUUGCAAUGGACCUCACCAUGAUCGAUGCAGUGUUUACAACCCAAGCAAUCUGGUUGAUGGAGUUUACUGCCUCCCAAUAGGGCACUGGAUUGAAGUUUCUGGGCAUACCGAUGAGAUGAAACAUACAACUGACUUCUAUUUUAAUAUUGCUGGACAUCAAGCUAUUCACUAUUCCAGAAUUUUGCCAAAUCUAUGGUUGGGAAGUUGUCCUCGUCAGGUGGAACAUGUGACUGUGAAGCUAAAACAUGAGUUGGGCAUUACAGCUAUAAUGAACUUCCAGACCGAAUGGGAUGUUGUUCAGAAUUCCUGGGGAUGUAACCGCUACCCAGAACCUAUGAGCCCAGAAGUUCUCAUGAAACUGUAUAAAGAAGAAGGCCUUGCUUAUGUCUGGAUGCCGACACCAGACAUGAGUACUGAAGGUAGAGUACAGAUGUUGCCUCAGGCAGUCUGUCUCCUACACACGCUGCUGGAGAACGGGCACAAUGUCUAUGUUCAUUGCAAUGCAGGUGUUGGCAGGUCCACAGCUGCAGUCUGUGGCUGGCUCAAAUAUGUGCUGGGAUGGAAUUUGAGGAAAGUGCAGUAUUUUGUGGCCUCCAGGAGAGCAGCUGUCUACAUUGAUGAAGAAGCUCUGGUGCGUGCUGAAGAGGAUUUCUUUCAGAAAUUUGGGCCUCUUCGUUCCUCGUGCAAGCCUUAGCAGAAAAGAGGAAAUCAGAAGGAGGGUUGCCAAACCAUGAUUCUGGCUACAGAAAUGGUGUCACUGCCUGAGGAAAUGGUGCAAUGAUGAUUAUGAUGCCUUCUGAAUGUAUGUUUUACUUUUCAAUGUCUCCUAAGACAAUUAAGCACAAGAGCUUAAUUAAUUAAUUAAUUAAUUAAUUAAUUAAUUAAGCACAUGGGCUGUGAUUCUGCUAUAUGUGUGUGCAACAGCCAAGGCUAUAAGCAUGGAGCCUGGCUGGAAAAGCAGUAAUCAUGUUGGGAGCGGAAGCAGUGAGAAUGAAAGCCAGUCACAUCUUCCGUGAACAGUUAAGAAGCACUAUCAUGGAUUUUCUAGGAGGACUUCACACGUACACCUAGUAACACAAUUCGAGUCAGGGGAGCAACUGCAAGCACAGCACCCAUUUUUGCAUCCUUAUUCGGCUAGAAAUGUGCAUGGAUGUCCCCAUGUCAUAUCAGUGUGUUAGUUUUGUAAACUUCCUAGUCAACUGACCCCCCACCACACACACACAUAUAUGACUGGGAUUAUAUGUGGUUCUCCUGCUGUUGGACUACAACUCCCAUUAUCCCCAGCCACAAUAAACUACUGGAGAGCCUCAGGUUGGCCAUCCCAUCAUAUAACAACAUAACAGGGAUAGGCUUUGUGAAGAGUCUAAAUUAAGAAAAACACUAUGAUAGGAAGAAGAUGGAAAGUUAACAGAAGAAGUCAUUAAAUAAAUGCCAAUAAACUUUCACAGAUUUUUGUUUUUCAUAUCUGGGCAGUCAGGAUUGUUUGGCCAUUUCCAAAAGAACCUUUAUCAGAGUCAUUGGCAAUUGGAAGUUGUAAUGAAGUGGAAUGAAUGAGAAAAAACAAGAAAAUUGUGCAUUGCUUUCUCGGCAUCGGCAUAUUCAUUUGUGAUGCAUGAGUAAAGUUUUAUCUCACAACAUGUAUAAUGAUUUAGGUUUUAAAUAUAACUUCCAACACUAACUUCUAACACUAACUGCUGAGUUUAAUUUGUGUGUUUCAGAUACUUCAGAGGAGGGAGAGCUUUCUGUGAAUGUUUAAUAUACAGUUUUUAUUGGAUUGUUUUGGAUCAUAAGAUCUUUAGGGUAGGGAAUUAUUUUGUUCUAAAGCUUGUGCUUGAAAAACAGAAAUUUAACUACGAGAUUUACUUUCUUGGUGCUGCUUGGCUGCUGAAGCACUUGCUAUGUGUGUGUUUCAAGAGCCUGGAGAACUGCAGUUCUCUUCCCCUUUUCCAGAACAUUUUUGUUCUUGGAAGGCCUGGUCUGCAUGCAGAAGUCUCUUCCUACACGAUGAUGGUGUUAGCUGGAUCAGGGCAAGAGCAGCCAUCUUCCAAAGGAGAUGUAUCAGGUAAUGGGCAGCUGAGAUAGAGCAGAGAAGAGGAAAUGCAUAAAGAUGGGGAAGUGAAAAGGAAAGGCAUGUGGCUUUCUAAUGACCAUUAACAUGACUUGCAUUGGUCAGUAGCGAGUCACAAUUUCUUCAGAUCCCAUAUAAAAUUACAUAUGAGAGGCAGACUUGCACUUAUCCAUGGUAUUGAGUUAAAAAACAAGUCUUUAGCUGGUAUCACCAUCAUAAUGACUCCUUAAAAAUGAAUCUAACUUUGUGGCUCACAUACUAUGCAGUGUUUCACAUGUGGUAUAUGAGCCAUUGCAUUUACUUUAAUUUUAACAAUGCUUGGGAAACCUAAAACCUUGUCUUGACUCAAGGAGAUUCACUGUGAUCAAGUUUGAGAUUGUGUAUGGGGUUAACCAAAGAACUUGCCCAAGAUUUCAGACUACAUAUUUUCUUCUGGUUGACAAAGGUCAGCUGCAUUCACCUGUGCAUUUACUCAAUAACAUCCAAUGAUUUGCAACUGAAUGCGUCAACUGUCUCCAUUGAAAAGUUCUGGUUCUGAUUAGAGAGAGAUACAAAUAGGUGUUUGGCAUUGCCAAAGGUUGGCAUACUGAUAAUCUGUUCAGUGCAGGCCAUUGCAGUUCAGAUGUAAUGACAGAAAUAGCACUUGUGGUCCUGAAUGCUGUUUGCAUGAACCUGGUCAUUGAAAUCACACUCCCAGCAUCACUGCUCUGCUAGCCCAAACCCUGCAUUUUUGCGGGAUCCUUCUGCCUGCAAAGUUUUCUGUUUUUCUCCAUAUAUCAUAUUGUGAAUGUUACGUUUUAAAAUGUAGCAACACUGUUAAUUGUGAGUGAGAAUUGUGACCGGGGGUGGGAUCAGACUAGGACAAUCCCAAAUCUUUUGACUCAAAACAUUUUUGACUUAUUUUAAUCAGAUGAGCUAUAAUACCAGCAAGCAAGCAUGUCUUCACUUAGCACCUUCUGCUUGCCUCUCCCUAGUGAUGAUAUUACUAUUUCUUGUUUACACAGUCAGACAGGUGUUAUUGACUGGUUUGUUUUAUCCAGACAUCGAGUCCUUCCCAAGGACCUGGGAUGCCAGAAUUUUAUUGUCUGUUGUUGUUGUUGUUGUUGUUGUUGUUAUUACUACAUUUAUAUCCCGCUCUUCCUCCAAGGAGCCCAGAGCAGUGUACUACAUACUUGAGUUUCUCUUUCACAACAACCCUGUGAAGUGGGUUAGGCUGACAGAGAAGUGACUGGCCCAGAGUCGCCCAGCUAGUUUCAUGGCUGAAUGGGGAUUUGAUCUUGGGUCUCCCUGGUCCUAGUCCAGCACUCUAACCACUACACCACAACCUUCUUUGUUACUUCACAGGCUUCCCUGUCACUGAAUACCAGUUCUUGGCUGAAGCCUUGGAUUUUUUAGCACAAAUUAAAUUAGUCAAUACUGUAAGUCCAAGGAUGCUGAUGGUGAAGAGAUAACAACGCAAUUACCAGGGGCAGGCUGAGAUGUCACGGCGGGGUGGGUGGGGUGAGAGGCUACUCUUAACCUACCUUACCCCCAGGUGACUAAACUGUCCGUUUUUUUGUUUUGCCUCCCAAGCGCCCACAUGGGGAGCCCUGCUCUGUGAAGCUCCGUGAGGCACGGAGCCGGGUGGACUGGGAUCCGGGGCCGGAACUUGUUGUUCAGGCCUCCAGACAUCUCACAAUACAACAAUACGGACGUUACAUUGGGGAUUCCCCCAACAGACGGGCACUCUGUGCACCUGUCUCUCUGUCUCCUGGAGCUGAACUCAGCCCAAGAAGACACACGAUACCUGGCAGACGGGGUAUUAAAACCCUUCACCUUGGCUAACAGCCGGUUUCUUAAGAAGGUUAGACGGGCGGGGAAUGGAGGGAUCCAUGAGGAUCCCGCUGCUUUUCAUGACCAGCCAGCCUAACCCCAGCUGGUCUGCCCCAGGCUGGGUUAGACUGGCCAUGAGAAUAAGUGCUAAGGUCUUACCAGAAUUGUGCAAAGAACUGUCUGCUGAAGAACAAUGCACAAAUUUUGCACACUGUUGCUAUGAAUCAAAUUAAUUACUUAUAUUUUAGGAAGUUUAGAAUACUAUUUUAUUUAUAUUUAUAGGAGAAUGUUUAUAAUGAAGUACUCAUUUAAGAAGGUAAGGCAUUAAUUUAUAGAUAUGUAAUGUUGGUUAGUAGCUAAUUCACUUUUGCAUAUUUUAGCAGCUUUUGUGAAUACGUUAGAAGAUGUUAUCAGUUAUGCAAUGAUGAUUUUAUUAAGUUCAAACUAAUAAAAUAAAGGAUCAUUUCUCAAAAACAAACAAACCAAAAACACUGUUGCAUGGCUUACCUGACUGAAAAAAACUUCAUGCAUACAAAGGGAACAGAAAGCUGGACCAGGAGCAUACUUACCACAGACGUGCAGGAGGUGGGUUCCAAAUUCUCCAAGAUCAAGUUGGAAGAAUGGCAAAAAGCAAACAGGUUGGUGCUGCUUCUUGACCAGGGCAAGGUACGUUGGAAAUCUAGGGGAAAUGCAGUUGGAGAGACACUCAAAAGCAUCCCUAGUUGUAAACAUACUGUAAUUUACUACAGCUUCUAUUAUCACCAAUAGGAAUAUGGUUUGUUUCUUGACUUCAUGCCAAAAAAAAAAAAAAUCAGUAUAAUAGUUUUUUAUGUUCAUCCCAAAUUCUUUUGCAUGCAAGGAAGUUAGAGAAAAUUGUUUGCCGACUCAGACCUUUCUUUAUAUCUGGUAUUUGUUUUCAUCAAACUUUAUUCUUGCCAAAUAAAACUCCUAUGAUACUUAACACAAAGAAGAGCAUUUGCAUGCUGUACAGUCAAGAUUGAUGCCCGAAUUAUUUAUAUUUGUGUCAGAACCAGGGCCGUCCUUGGGGUAUGGCAAAUUAAGGCAAUUGCCCAGAGCCCAACACUUAGAGAGUCCCCACAAUGCACUGUCCCACCCUCAUGCCUCACUGACCCCACCCCUAGACCAGAGGCCACCGACGUCACCCCUCUUCCCCCUCACCAGCUUCCCCUUGUCAGCACACCAGUGGCAUAGAUCCCUCCAUUUAGGCAUCCCACAGAAGAAAUGCUAGAGGGAUGCUGAAAUGAAGCCUUAGAAGUGCAGUGCUGGCGGAGGGGGUGGGGAGGGGAGCAGCGGAGGGGUGGUGAGUGACUUGCUGCUGCUGGAGCAGCCAACGGUGAUGACAGUGAUCCACCCUGAGCAGGCGAAGCAUCUGGAUACACACUGCUCCAGCCAGAACAGCUGCAGCGGCAGGCAGUGUGUGUGCUGGGUGGGAGAGAUUGGCAUGGAGGAAGGGUGAAGCAAGGGAAGAGGGGCAGGUGUCAGUGGCCUGCAGCUCAGGGAGUGAGGCUAGGGGAGGAUACAUUUAAUUAUAUAUAUAUGUUAAGGGGUCCUACCCACUCUGAUUUGCCCUGGGCCUUGUACCCUCUCCUCUAGGAACAGCCCUGGUCAUAAAUAAGCAAUUAAUUUUACAGUAUGUGGAUUUUGCUGAUGGUGCAUAAGAAAUAAUGCUCUGCUACAUGAACUACUGUACAACUUCUUUGUUUCAAUAGAUUUUAGUUUCAUCUCACAUGACCAUCAUGUCAGGAUAAUUUUAUGUUGUACAGAUUCACCAAAUUUGUAGCAAUCUCAUGCCACAACGGCAGUACGCAUAGGAGCUCCUGUCAUAUUUUUUUGUAGAGCCAGCUUCAGCUAGAAGCCAACAUCAGCACAUAUUCAUCAUUUUGGCAUCUGUUUGCUGUCUGUUAGGUCAGAGCGCCUACACACAUAAUCUUGGAGAGGCUGAUGCAGAACUGAGUUUGGCUUUGUGAAAAUACCUUUUGAUACAAUAGGUUCUUCUAUUGUUUGCUUUGUACAAUGCUGGUGUGCUUUGGUUCAAUAAGUGUGAUAAGAAUAUAACAGCAGCCAUACUGGUCAUGUCAAAAUAAUUAUCGAGACAAGCAUCCUGUUUUAAAGGCCAUUACUGUUGUUGAUAGAAAGUUUGCAAAAACAUAGAUGUAAUUGAGUCAUCUGCGCCCCCGCCUCCCCGUUUACUCCCAGCUCCUAAGAAUUUGGGGUAUAAUGACAUAUAUUCUAUCUUAUAGUAGUAGAGAUUGAAAAUGCUGCCAUGUAGUCUAUUCUGAACACUGUUUUUUCAUAGGCUGCGUUCACAUCCUGAAAUGAGUUCUGCAGAGUUGCUAUGCAGUUCACAUCCAUGCUGCUCUCAAAAAUCUGAAAGUAAAGUGUACUUUAUUACAGGCAUAUGUAGAAAUUAAACAUGGGAGUGCAAUAAACAAAUUUAGUACCAUGCAUGUUGUAUAGAUCCACACAACAGGGAAUCAGGCUUGGCUGCAGCUCCCCAGCAAACAUGAUGAAUCUACAUUUAGAAAGGGUAUUCACACACACAGCCUAAUCCUGUGUUAGGCUGCACGUGUGAAGCACCAGGAUCUGUGCGUACCCUGGUGCUGCCCACCCGCCUGACCCAGUUUUUUACCCUGGCUUUUAGCCAAGGUUAAGGGUGCAGGUGAGCCCUUAACCCCGGUGCUGGGGUAGUAUGUGUGCUUGGGCUGCUUGACUAGAGCACCCAUUGUAUGGAUGUAUCCCCCAACGCACUGUGCUCAUUGUGCAGUGCAUUGUGGUUUACAUGAAAGCCAGGCCGCAGCAUCCCAGCCUCUGGAGAUCUUCACUGUGUGCAGCAGCAAGGAUCAUAUGGGAGUCUGGUCCAUGCAUACCAUCAGUAUUGCAGGAUCAUCUAGGGGGAAGGUAAGUUUUGCACCGCCUUUCCUCCACCCUCCUCACCUCCCAGUCAUGUGAAUAGCCAUUUGUGUGGUGACGCUAAACAGGGCUGCAAGGAGGAAUGCUGGAGCCCCACGCACAUGCUUUUUGGGAGAGCGCUGGCAGGAGAAAAGCAGCGGGGUGGGGGCUGACAGGCAGUGCCUUCUCUGUCAUUUAAAGCAACCCUCCAUCCUCUGAACCGAUUUGAACACCGGUUGAGGGAACCAGUUCGACAUUCCAGAAAAGGAGCGCCGAACUGGUUCCGUGCACAUCCCUAGUACAAAGUGGCCAAAAACCCCACACAGCUUACAUACCACAUAGGAAAACACUGAUCCAAGCGAGAGGCGUGCACACAGCUUGCAAGUUCCUCUAGAGCUUAUCUGCACUGUUUGUGGAAGUGAGGCUGCUCCAUGGCUACCAAGGAGGAGUGCAUCAUCACUUCAUUGGGAAAGAUGGCAGUAGUGUUGCAACUGCAGUGAUGCACUUCUUAGCAGCCAUAGUGCAACCUCUCUUUCGCAAACAGUGCAGAUGGGCUCUAGAGGAACUCGCAGCUGUGUACACACCUAUCACUUGGAUUGGCGAUUUCCUGUUGUAACUAUCAGGCAGUAACAGCCUUUCCUUUCCUGUAAAGAGUAAACCGGAAGUAUACCCUGUCCUGACUGACAGGCUAGCAAUCAGCCACUCAGCACACGGUGGGUGGGACCUAGAGGGCCAUGAGGCAGGAAGAGAAGAGUGUCUUUGUUGAGAAGCAGCUAGGUGGGAGAUGAGAGAGAACAGGCAGCAAUGGUGUUUUGCUGCCUCAUGGACAGCAGCUAGCCUGGAGAAUUCUCUUAUGGAAGGACAUCUGCAGAUCCUUGACAGAGGAUUUGCAGGAAGCUUGAAUUCUCUCCUGGAGUUUGGAGUGAGUUCAGGGGGAAAGGACGCCAGGGCUUUUGGUUUCUGAAAGGUUUAGCUAGGGAACAGUUUGUUUGUUAGCUAGCAUUAGACUUUCUUAUUUUACUUUGGUGUGCUUUUCAAAUCCUUACAACUGUUUUGUUGUGUUUUAUCUGUAACAUAACAAGCUAAGAAACACUAGCCUGAGCCCAACUCUGCAUCCAGGGUGCUACAAAAGUCUCUAUAACCUUUAAAGCUGCUUUUAAAGGCUCCUAUAUCCCUGUUCCUUGCAACUGGGAUGCUUUUUGAAGUCUUGCAACUACUGAAUGUUUCUUUUACCUGUAACUAAACGCUGAGAAGGCCUCAGACAGAAGCAGUCUGUAGUAUUUUGAAUAAAGCUUUUCUCUUUUUGUUCUUUGUA